GCUAUGCCAGCUCUCCCGUGCUGCGCUACACGUGGUUGGAGAACAUUGAGAAGUUCCAUGCGCAACGUGGCUACUGGGCCGAGCGUGCGAUGUGCACGCUGCAUAUGUGUGCCAUAGUAGCCGACUAUCUGCACGGGACGAAUGCGAUGCCGUAUAGACCUCAAGGGUGUGAAGCCUUCAACAUCGUCUCAUUCAAUGCCGCCAGUGAGAAAGCUGAGGUGCAGCUCGAGGUGUGUGUUGUGCGAUGA